AAGUUGCAGCAGAAACGGUGUAGCGCAGAGAAAGAACUAGAACUAGAACUAGGGUUUCAUCUUUGCCAUCAGAAACAACAAUGAUUUACGACGUUAACUCUCCCCUUUUCCGAUCCUUCCUCAGCCAGAAGGGAGGCUCCUCUGAUAAGAGGAAAACGGAUGAACAGAAGCCAAAAGAGCAGAAACCCAAAGCCAGCGAGAACAAACCUAUAAUGACAGAGUGACAACAAAUUUGCUGCAUUCAGUUGUAGAAUGAUAAUAGGUGGUAGGUAUUGCAUUUGGUUCUACAAAAUUAAGAUCAUUUUGGCUGUGUUCUGAGGUAUAUGUGGUGUUUUAGACUUUGUUAUUGUAAUGGUUUGAUUUUGGAUAUGGUUAUAAUGGACUCAAGUUGAACUUGAUGCACACAUGCAAUGAAGUUACUCGUUUAAAAGUUGUUUGAAAUACUUCA